AUGGCAUGGGCAGCAUGCGUGCUUUUGUCGCGACUUACUAUAAGCAUUCCUUCUUUACAACCAUAUUUUUCACAAUGGCCUUUUAAUUACGGCAUUGAUUAUACCGAUCAUCAAGCAUUAUGGUUGACUUUAAAGGCGCUAUCAGCCGUUUAUGUGAUGAAGGCGUUUCAUUCAAGUCUUGAAAAUAGAAGUUUGCCUGGAAGGGAACAAAGCACAACACUUUACGAAUACGCUUUGUUAUUUCAUUACUUUUGUAAUGUCACUCCGAACACGUCAAACACUGAUCUACUUCUCAUAGCUUUUCUAGAAGUGCUGGACAUCUUCUUCCUUGAAGUGCUUUACCUUCAUCCACGUGGUAUUCAAUAUCGACUCGUCCCUACGACUUUUGUUGGAGUAGCCGGGAUUAUUCAUUAUGCGUAUGCACUAUUUUAUAGAUCAGAAACAUAUCCAAUUCUGCAAAGUUUUGCUAGAUUUCCUGAAUUAGCUUUGAUUGCCAUUAUUUUGAUAUGUGUUAUUCUUCAUAUUAUUGCAUAUGUUGUAACUGGUGGCAAUGUGCGGCGAACUUUUUUUUUGGAUGCCAGAUCGAUGCCAUCUCUUCAUGAAGAUUAUACAAUGGCUUUAUACAGAAUUGGUACUAUAGUGAUCGAAACAAAUCGUGUUGACGGGUUUCGAAAUGAACUUCCGCCAAUAGCUGUACCUUUAGGAACAAUAUUUGAACGUUCAAAAAAGAGAAAGUCAAGGACUUCAGUUGAAACCUCUAAUAAACGUAGACCAACAUGUGGAUAUGACAAUGAGCAACAAGACAUUAACGAUUUGACUUCUACGGAAUCUAAUGGGGGUCCACGCCGUGUUAUUGUCUGGUCAAAUUUUGUUUUACAAAUUGUUCAGGUCUUUGUAGAUAUAAUUAUGAGAUUCGUUAGCUGGAUUUGGUCAUUUUCCGGCGGACGUCAACCUUUACAAAAUAAUAAUAAUCAACAAUCUGCUACUACUGAUAUUGGAGAGCCAGAAGAAAUAGAUUGGGAUGAAGAGAUAUAUCACAAAUUUCUUUAUGAGGAUUUAGAAGACAAGGACGACGAAGAUGAUGAUGAUUUUGUUUAUAGUAACUUAUCGAAUGUCGAAAAUGAUGAACCUGAUUCAGACUUAGGCCAUGAAGAAAAUGUAAAUAGUGAAGAUGAUGAGGAUAAUGAAGAUAAUGAGGAAGAUUCCGUAAUACCUGGAGAUGAAUUAAUGUUAUUAGGAAAUGAUCUUAGAGAACAUGAUGAUCAACAGCCUUCUACAUCCAGUUCAACAGCAAACUCAAUUAUGCAAUCAUUGCUCGCACAUUUGAUGCAUUCUACUAUUCUAACAAGAACGCAAUAUCGAAAGAUUACACAGACAUCAAUGUCUUCAACCUCAUUAGAUGAAUCAGCUGCGUUAAUGGCAUUGAUUCAUGAGAGACGUAUACCACGUGGGUUUAAUACACAACCAAUUACAGAUCGUGUCUGUGUCGUCUGCCACGGGGAAGCUCGUCAAUGUCUCUUAAAACCGUGUGGAUGUUUCGCGCUUUGUAAUGAAUGUCGCGAAAUGAUGGCUCAGCGCAAGUUUAAGUCUUGUCCUUGCUGCCGCAGAACAGUAGAAGGAUAUUCUCGAGUUUAUAUCCCCUAA